AUGUUGACCUGAUGAACUCGCAUACAGAGAAGGAUCUCUCUCUCUCUCUGCCAUUGAAGACAUUUAAUUGGAAAUACAUGAGGCAAGAAUGUUCUAACCGCAUUAUUAAAUGGCACGUGAUGUUUAAAUUGGCUAAUGAGAAUUAACUCUAACAUUCAGAAUAUUUUACACAGCCUCAUUCAAUCUGGUUUUGAAGAGCGCUUGCGGAUCGAGACAUUUAGGAACAUUUUGAAUUAUGUAACUUUAUACUUGACUAUCUACUCUGGUCAGUGUUUCCGUUUAAAGUCAUAGUAGCCUACUAUAUCCUACACUCGGCGCCUUGGAAUUUCGAGCACAACUAUGUGGUCAAGAAUGUCGAGGAAUUUGCCACUCCUGCCAAUCUGAACUCGAUUUCAGAACCAAGGACAGUUCCCACCUGCUCCACCUGGGAGACCGACGCGCGACGUUUCCUCACUUCCUGACUCAAUUUGUAUUCAAAGUUCUUAUACUACUUCAAAAGUCACAGCUCCACACAGCUUUGGGUAAAAGGGACUUUUCAUCAUUUUAGUGGGAUCGAACGAGUGAACAUCGAAGUCUUGAUAAGGCUAUGGCAAGAUUUUAACAAUGCAACCAGCAAAUAACCAAGAUGUCACGAGUGUCGAGAGUGGGCUCUAGAGUGAUCCACCUCGCCCAGCCUCAGCCCCUGUAAGACCCUUCUGUGUCCCACUCCUACACCCACCACCCACCACACUGACCCCAGCUACCCGACCUGACCAUGCCCACCUCCGGCCUCCUGUGCCCCGGGCUCUGGGCCAAGGUUGCCACAUGGUGGUCCCUCCACCUGCUCCUCUUUGACCUGCUCAUCUCUGAGGCCCUGGCCAGCCCUAACAACAGAUUCCCGCCUUCCACCAAGAGGGAGAUCACCAUCGACGGGGACCUGGUGAUCGGUGGACUGUUCCCGGUGCACGAGAAGGGUGAGGGGGUGGAGGACUGUGGGAAGAUCAACGAGCAGCGAGGGAUCCAGAGACUGGAGGCGAUGCUGUUAGCGCUGGACGAGAUCAACGCGGACGAGAGGCUGCUGCCGGGACUCAGGCUGGGAGCCCACAUUCUGGACACCUGCUCUAAGGACACCUACGCUCUGGAGCAGAGCCUGGAGUUUGUACGAGCCUCCCUCACCAAGGUGCACGAGCCGGGGUUCAUCUGUCCAGACGGAUCCAACCCCAUCCAGGAUGAUGUCCCACUGGCGAUUUCUGGAGUCAUCGGGGGCUCCUACAGUGACGUGUCCAUCCAGGUGGCCAACCUCCUGCGCCUCUUCCAGAUCCCCCAGAUCAGCUACGCCUCCACCAGCGCCAAGCUCAGUGACAAGUCUCGCUACGACUACUUCGCCCGCACCGUGCCGCCAGACUUCUACCAGGCCAAGGCCAUCGCCGAGAUCCUGCGUUACUUCAACUGGACCUAUGUGUCCACCGUGGCGUCCGAGGGCGAUUACGGCGAGACGGGCAUCGAUGCCUUCCAGCAGGAGGCCCGCGCCCGCCAGAUCUGCAUCGCCACCUCGGCCAAGGUGAGCCGCUCGAUGAACCGGUACAGCUACGACCAGGUGAUCCGCUCGCUGCAGCAGAAGUCCAAUGCCAAGGUGGUCAUUCUGUUCACACGCAGUGAGGAUGCCAGGGAGCUGCUGGUGGCCGCCGCCCGCAUGAAAGUCACCUUCAUCUGGGUGGCCAGUGAUGGCUGGGGGGCGCAGGAAAGUGUCGUGAGGGGAAGUGAGACGGCAGCCGACGGGGCCUUCACCAUCGAGCUGGCCUCCUACCCUAUCCGGGAGUUUGCCGACUACUUCACCAAGCUGAACCCCUACACUAACACACGGAAUCCCUGGUUCAGAGAAUUCUGGGAGCACCGCUUCGACUGUAGUCUCACAGAGCCUGGUUGUAGCGAAAACAGUCUGCGGGACGGCAAGUUUGAGCAGGAGUCCAAGAUCAUGUUUGUAGUGAACGCAGUGUAUGCCAUGGCUCAUGCCCUGCAUAAUAUGAGGCAGGCGGUUUGCCCACCCAAUGCCACCAAGAUCUGUGAUGCCAUGAAGCCAGGCACCGGGAAGAGGUUCUAUAGGGACUUCAUCCUCAAGGCCAAGUUCGAUGCUCCAUUCAGACCUGCCGACACGGAGAACAUGGUGCGUUUCGACGCCUACGGAGACAGUCUGGGCCGCUACAACAUCUUCCACUACCACAAACAGGAUGAUAAAUACGUGUAUAGGAAGGUGGGCUACUGGGCCCAGGGUCUGAUCCUGAACACCAGCCAAGUGCCAUGGAGGGGUCCAGCCGGAGCACCCCCCACCUCCCAGUGCAGUGACCCUUGCAGGAAGAACGAGGUGAAGAGCAUGCAGCCUGGAGACGUGUGCUGCUGGAUCUGCAUCCCCUGCCAGCCCUACCAGUACCUGCUAGAUGAGUUCACCUGUGCAGACUGCAGCUUCGGACAGUGGCCCCAGGCCAACCUGACAGGCUGCUUCGACCUCCCAGAGGAGUACAUCCGCUGGGAGGAUGCCUGGGCCAUUGGGCCCGUCACGAUCUCCUGCCUGGGCAUGUUGUGUACCCUCUCCGUGGUGGGCCUGUUCUUCAAGCACAAUGACACCCCUGUGGUCAAAGCCAGCGGCCGUGAGCUUUCCUAUAUCCUCCUACUCGGGGUCCUAAUGUGCUACAGCAUGACCUUCAUCUACAUCGCCAAGCCCUCGAUGGCCGUGUGUACCCUACGUCGACUAGGCCUGGGAACCUCCUUCGCUGUGUGCUACUCAGCACUGCUCACUAAGACCAACCGCAUCGCAAGGAUCUUCAGCGGGGUGAAGGACGGGGCCACAAGGCCACGGUUCAUCAGCCCAGCCUCCCAGGUGGCCAUCUGCGGCGGACUGAUCUCCUGUCAGCUACUGGUGGCUGUGGUCUGGCUCCUGGUGGAGAUGCCUGGCGUCAGGAAGGAGGUGAGCCCCGAGAGGAGGGAUAUAGUCACCCUGAAGUGCAACAGCAAGGACUCCAGCAUGCUGGCCGCUCUUGCCUACAACUGCGUCCUUAUCGUCCUCUGCACAGUCUACGCCUUCAAGACCAGGAAGUGUCCUGAGAACUUCAACGAGGCCAAGUUCAUUGGGUUCACCAUGUACACCACCUGUAUCAUCUGGCUGGCCUUCCAGCCCAUCUUCUACGUCACAGCCAGCGACUACAGGGUUCAGACCACCACCAUGUGUAUCUCUGUCAGUCUGAGUGGCUCUGUGGUGCUUGGCUGUCUCUUCGCUCCUAAGGUCCACAUCAUCCUAUUCCAGCCCCAGAAGAACGUGACCACAUUAAGGGUGUCUGCCAACCGCUUCGGGGCCACGGUCACCACAGCAUCAGCAUCCGUCCCCAGCUACUCAAAAGGCAGCGUCUCUAUCACUGCAGUAACAACGGUGUGUAACGGUCGUGAGGUGGUGGACUCCACUACGUCCUCUUUGUGAAGAAGGUUGAGCUGCUUGUAUGAUCCCUCCUCUCUCCAAACAACACAAGCUACAGUGCCAUCAGAAAUCAUUCCCUCUCAUCCAACAAGGCUGCUGAUGACAUAACGCUCAUGUCAUAUCUCAAGUCCCAUUUACAGUAGAGACAAGUAGAGGCUCUCUCUAUUCGGACAGAGGACUGUGAAAGCUAAAUUAUGUGACUAUACAUACGUAAUGUACGAGUGUAAAUCAUUUUUGUAUAGAUUUAACAUAACAUUACAUUGAUUUUACUUGGUUUCAAGAUAGACUUGUCGUUGAAUGCACUGUUGUAUGUAGGGUUGCAAAGGGAGGGUAUAUUACUGAAAACGUUCAAAGUCUAGUGACAUCUAAUGGCCUUUUUGAGUACUUCAGAUUAUCACAGGUGUCUGUAAUUAUGCCUGUAAAACAUUAUCCUAAAUAUAAACCAUCAACUA